UUCUUUUUGAAUAAUGUUAAAGGAUCAUUAGCCAGCGAGACCGAGGACGAGAGCAGACGUUCUAGCACUGAGAAUGCCAUCUCGCCUGCGUCAGUGUGUGGUGAGCGCGCUCAUAUUGAGUCUGCUGCUGUUCCUCAGCUCACUGUGGCUGCCUCAAGGAACCGUUCAGAGGUGUGAGGAGUCGUGGCGGCCUUGCCUAAGCGUGUACACGCCAACCAGACAGGUGGCUCCUGCUGCUGUUCCUGAGGAGCUCAGAGGAAAUGAUAUAAUCAGAGAGUGCGCUGGACAGCAGUUCCAAGUGUCCCGCCUCCUGCUGCAUCUAAACUCCGCCCUCGGCCCCGCCUCCGACGUGCUGCUGGAACCGUAUCUGCUCUGCUGGGAGGAGCUCAUCAAGUUCAUGGAGGCUCUGGGCCCUCUGGUGGGCUUUUUCACUCAUAAAGUUGAGGAGAAAAUCACCCUCAUCCGAGAGCUCUCUCUGGAAGAAUCCGCUAGACAGAACGCGACGGCCAACGAUCCGCAUCGCGUAGCCACGCCCCCUCCGCACGCCUACCGCUCUGUGCGCUCCAUGCUGGAGGCGGAGCUUCAGAGGGGCGUGGUCUCUUUCGAUACGCAAACGCCCUCCGGCAGUCGGACUUUGCUCCGCCUCCACCGCUCAUUGCUAUGGUUACAGCUACUGCUGGAGAGUCUAGGGACGGACCGCGAGGGGCGGAGCAUGGGCGAGCUGUGCCGCGACGCCUACCUGGAGGUUUUGGCGCAGCAUCAUCCGUGGCUCGUGCAGCGCGCGGCCGAGCUGGUGUUCCGCGCGAUGCCCGACCGCAGCGUCUUCCUGCAGCUGGUGUGCGUGAGCACGCAGGAAGAGGCGGAGCCAGUCAUGCUGAUCGUUGUCGAGGCAAUCCGCAAAAUUCACCAACGGACUCAAAAGGAGCUGGAGAUCAGAAACAUGCUGGACCUGCCUUAACGCACACAUACAAACACUCCUGCGCAACAUGACAAUGCUACUUGGGUUGUUUUAAAAAUGUAAUAUAUACCUAUCUAUUAAUAUCCACUUAGUUGAAGCGGCUGCGGCUAUUUGUAAAUGGUCAAGACUUCCGGUCUUUUUCGCUUCCAUGUCAUUUUACCAGCUGGUUAUGCCUGCAAACUGGUAUUUUGUUGUCAUAUUGUAUUAAUUUAAUGCCAUAAUGAACCUACUGCUGGUAGCGCAAAUAGUUUUACCUUUGCUACAGUUUUCUAACGACUAUGAGCCGGAAGUCUCGCACAUUCACAAAAAAACGUUGCAAAAUAAGGUGGGUGUUAUGUAUCGUGAUAUAUCAUAUUUGACUUGUUUAUGAGUGUGUGGUUUGGUUAUGUUUUUACUUGUUCUUAUAGGUAAUAGUGAGUGGCUUUUGGCCCUUGCAUUGUUUAAUAGGCUCUCCCGAGUGCAUUUCAUUACGUUUCUAUGCGGUUGCUAGGUGUUUUCUUCCUGUCUGGUGUCUCUGUGAUCGUCUGGUCCAGCAGGUGAAAUGUGCUCAUGUUUUAUUUGUACACUAGAUGUCGCUGUGUUCUUAGUUUUAUUAAAUUAUUUAUGAGCAGUUAAUCAGGGAAAGUCAAAACUCAUAAAUCUUUACACAUUUGAACAAUACAUUUACACAAACACUGUAAGGAACAAAGGCAUUUGUUUAUAAAAUCAUUAGUGUCUUUUGCGCAAACGUUGUGAGACGUUAAAAUACUCAAAUGAAACAAUGUUGCGGGUUACUCUUUCAAAGCUCAGAGGCUCUGAGUCAAAGUAUCAGCUUUGUCUCAGAUGUUUCUCCUAAAAUCCAUUGUAGGAUACACACAACAUAGACACGUUGUUUAUUAUUUGUCAUGCAGUAGGAUUAUAGAGCAAUAAAAUGGAUGUUUAAAGCAGCUCAGAUCAAUUAAUCUUGGAGGGAUUUGCUGAAAAAUGUUUCUUGUGAAAUCUGAGCAGCGUUUGAGCCAUUAUUCAAAUCUCUUCUGGGACUGCAUUGUUUCUUUCAUUGGGGUGUUUUUCUUAAAGUGAAAAGCAGGAGUAAAAGUCUAUUUCAUUUCAGUGUUUCUCAACCGGUGGGUCAGGACCGAUAAAUGCACAUAAAUCAUAAUGGUGCAUAGUUAAGAUAAGUAAAACAAACAGACCUAUCAGGAAACACUUCCCGUAUCUUUUGUGGCUGUUGCCAAAGGUUGGCAAUCAAACGCUCCAGUAGUUCAACACAAAUUCAUGUGGUUGAAACCAGAACUUUCAAUUAUCACAUUCAGCUUAUGUUAAUAAUGUUUGUAUGGUGUGAUAUUAAUAAUGCAUUUGUUUGAUUUUCUAUUGUCAGCAUCACAACAUCAGAACCCACUGAGAACCACUGAUCCAAGAGAAAAAAAAAAGAAAAUUGAGAUAUUUUGUGAUUUUCUUUCCUAUAGGUAGACACACAGAGAAUCAGAUCUGGAAUUACAGCAGCUGAAGAUUACAUAAGUUGAUAAAUCUGUCAGUAUGUACAUCAUUUAUAUAUUUGGUCUCUGUAAGAAAAUUGCAUUCAUGUCUUGUCAUAAGCCAUUGACUUUCCCAGAAACUAGUUAAAUCCGACGAAAAAUAAAUAGGUAUAAUAUUUGUGUUCAUCUGUAGUCUUUAUUUUAAAUAAGAUUUCGUAGACAAACAUGUUUUGUUAAACACAAAAUGUUUUUAUUUCCUGUUUCCAUUUUUCAUUUAUAAUGAUAAUCAUUUGUUUUUCGAAUAUAAGUUUCACAAUUUUCAUGUCAGGCAAUAUAUAACAGUAUAUUCAGGAUAUUUAAUAAGAUACAUCUAGUUUCUGAGCAGUGUUUUUACAGAGAGUGAAGAAAGAAUAAGACACCGUCUCACUAUGAAGGACAGAUGAGAAACCGGGAUGAGUCUGUGAGCUAUAGAGGUCAUCCGGCGAGAACUCAACAUGACGAGCGUGUCGCG